AUGGCGGCAGGAGAGGCCGCUCCCGCCAAAAAGACGUUCCUGCAGAGUGUCCUGACCUGGGGGUCACCGUGGCAGAUCGUUGGCGCCGCAGUUCUCGCCAUUGCGAUCGGCAUGGCAGUCACGGCGACUGUUGACAGUGUCCCGCAAGCUGCCAUUGACAUCCUGGGUAUUCCGGGUGAUCUCUGGCUGCGCGCCCUUAAGGCUGUUGUCUUGCCUCUGAUCGUCACCUCCAUGAUCCUUGCCAUGCAGCGCCUCAAGGAGAUAACUGCAGGUGGCAACGCCCUCGCGCGCUGGACCAUUGGAUACUACGUCCUGACCACGGUCCUGGCCAUUGUCAUCAGCACCAUCAUGACCAGCCUUGUCUGGGCCAACCAGUUCCAGACCGUGAGUCAGGAGAGUCUCGACGUCGACGAGGCCACCGAGGCACAGCUCGACAAGCAGCAGACCUACACCGUCUCCCAGUCCAUUGUCAACCUGUUCCAGUCCUUCGUCACCGACAACUUCAUCAAGUCGCUCGCGAACAUGGACCUGCUCGCCGUGCUCGUCGCGUCUGUGGUGAUUGGGUACCUCCUCAAGCCCGGCACAGGGAUCGUCAGGGCCGUCCACGAGAUCGAGGCUAUGGUCACCGUAAUCAUCACGUUCCUCAUCUACCUCGCCCCCCUGGGAGUCUUCCACCUCAUCCUCCCGAACAUGUUCAAGCUCGACCUGGCCGAGAUGGGCGAGAACCUGGGAUACCUGAUCGCGGGUUCACUUAGCGGCAUGUUCAUCCAGCUGUUCAUCGUCAUCCCCAUCAUCUACUUCGCGUUCAUGCGCCAGAACCCUUACACGCACUGGCUCAAGUGCUCCCCUGCCUGGAUCACCGCCUGGGGCUCCGCGUCGUCGGCGGCCACGCUGCCCGUCACCAUGAAGUGUGCUCUGGAGCGCGGCACCCCGCGCACUGUGGCCAAGUUUGCGAUCCCUCUGGGGUGCUUGAUCAACAUGGACGGAACGGCAAUCUACUUCCCCGUAGUGGUGACCUUCCUGGCCGAGACCCAGGGCAUCACCCUGAGCCCCACGCAGUACGUCUUCGUGGUGCUACUCUCGACUCUCGCGUCCAUCGGCGCCACGCCCAUCCCGUCGUCCUCGCUCGUCCUGACGGUCAUGAUCGCCGAGAGCAUCAAUGUUCCGCUCACGGGCAUGUAUGCCGUCGUGGUCGCCAUCGACUGGUUCCUCGACCGCUUCCGGACCGCCGUCAACGUCAGCGGCGAUCUGUUCGCCGCGCCCAUCAUCACCAAGAUGACCGGCCUCAAGGAUGCGGAUGACAGCUCCAGCGAGGAAGGAGAUAGCAUUCACGAGAGGCAGGGUGGGCCGGUGCAGCAGACUGGUGGCGAGAGUGUGCCUGAGGCGCAGCUCCGGCCUACCGCGAACGAUGAUCGCGUGUAA